AUUGCGCAGCGCGCGUGCGGCGUUGUCAGGUGACCUGCGCUGGGUUUGCUGAGGAGCCGCUGCUGCUCGUCAACGAUGGAUCUCUCGCCGGUUUUCGUCGCCGUCGCCGCGGUUGUGAGCUCAUUAUCGGGUGUGCUUGGAGACCAGCUGACGGUGCUGCGCAGCCCACAGUAUGUGACCUUCAGGGAGGGCCAGUGGCCACUGGCUGGAGAGAAGGUUCCUGAUCUGGUGGCGCUGACCAUGGGCUUCUCUGUCCAGGAGGAUCUUGACUGGCCCGGCCUGGCAGCGGGCUCCCUGUUCCAGCGUCCUCGGGCUACUGCGCUAAUCGCAGUGCGCGGCGUUGGCAGUUUGGAUCUGCCCUCAAACACCUCCUCAUACCCCCUGGAAAACCCUGUGCCCUUCACUCUGGACAGCGUGGCCAACACCAUCCACACCCUGUUUGCCGAGAGCACCCCCGUGGUUCUGCAGCUCGCCCCCAGCGAGGAGAGGCUGUAUAUGAUGGGGAUGGCGAACACAGUGUUUGAGGAUCUGCCGGUCACUCUGCAGCAGAUCAGAGCACGUCUGUCUCAGGAGGGAUCAGUGCUGCACUCUCUUCCACUCCAUUCACUCAGCCGAAACAGCGAGGCUGAUCUGCUGUUCCUGUCUGAGGUUCAAGUGUUGCAUGACAUCUCCGCCCUGCUGCAGAGGCAUAAGCACUUGGCCAAGGACCAGGCUCCUGACCUGUUCUCCCUGGAGCUGGCCGGUUUGGAGGAAAUUGCUCGUCGCUACGGCAACGAUUCACCCCAAUUCCAGGAUGCCACCAAGAUCCUGGCAUCUGUGCUACAGAAGUUUGCUGACGACGUCUACGGUGUCUAUGGCAACAACGCAGUGGUUGAGGUGGUGACCGUGAAGACUUUUGAAGCUCCACUCACCAGGAAGUCUCGCUCCAUCCUGGAGAGCAAGCAGAUUAGCAACCCAGGAAGCCCCUACAACCUGGCCUACAAGUACAACUUCGAGUACGCGGUGAUCUUCAACAUUGUGCUGUGGCUGAUGAUCAUGUUGGCCUUGGCCGUCAUCGUCAUCGCUUACAACCUGUGGAACAUGGACCCCGGCUACGACAGCAUCAUCUACAGGAUGACCAAUCAGAAGAUCCGGAUGGACUAAUGGUCGUCGCUCCCACUUGCAUUCCAUUCCAUGUUGUUGAGUGUGUGUGUGUGUGUGUGUGUGUGUGUGUGUGUGUGUGUGUGUGUUUCUCACUUAAAUAGAUUCCAAUUGAACCCUCAGUGUAUGUUUGCUUCCCAAAUGCGUUGUACAAAGACACGUCACAUUGAACUGUAAAUGUUAAAUGAAUAUUUGAAGAAUAUUUAUCGAUGCCUGCUGUUUGGUAGAAUCAACAGACCAGCUGAGUAAAGUUUAAGUUCAUAUUUCACCCCUAAAAAUGCUAAUGUGGCUACAAAUGAAUGACCGAUCAUAGGAGGUACAUUAAUGUUGAAUUCUGGAUGACGUAUUUGUGUAUUUUAGAAAAUAUAAACCAAUUUUUUUGAAGAUACGUGCAAGCUGAUAAGCUAUCAACAGAGCUGUAGAUGACUCUGUAAUAAUUGAGAAAGCUGUCCAACAUUGAACAUUACCAUAAUAAAUUUAGUGAUGUGAUCAAAUGAUCGUAAUAAAAUCAUAAUUACAGUAUGUUAUACAUCAGUUCUUUGCGUUCCCAAACGUCUUCUGAAACUUUGAAUAUAAAAGUUUGGCUUGUGUAUUAAAUAAAAUAACAGCAGUUGUUAAUUUUAUGUGGUUCUAAACUGUUCUUCUAAUUUCUCUCCUAACUUUUAUUCACUGUCAGCCACGUUAGCGUUGGUGGACGGUGAAAUGGCCGAUACGGGAUGUAAAUAAGUUUGCUGUCAUUGCGUUUCUUGGUGAGUGGGAAGUGUACAGGCUUAAUUUGUCGUGCUACACUCGUGAUCGUGUGCUGUGCUUUUCAUGUGUUCCUGAAUUGUCUUCAGAUUGAAGCCCAGCUUUAUUUAUUGUGUUGUUGAUUUUGAAAGUUUUCUUUUUAUUCCUGAUACACUGGACAUGCAGUAUGAUGCUCAUCACAUCCAUGUGCAUUUGUACGGCUUAUGGUACAGAUACAAACGUGUAAAAUUGAUGUGCCAGAUGUAGAAAACGAGUGACUAUUUCUGGCGAGACCAGAGUUUGUCUGCAAUGUUGUAUUUGUGUGUUUAAAUAAAUGAGAAGUUGAACCGUAAUAAAAGAGGAGACUGGAAAGUGUU